AUGAAGGCCGACGCGUCGCCGGAGCUGACGGACCUCGUCCUGAUCGGCGGCGGCCACAGCCACGUGCACGUGCUGCGCAUGCUCGGCACUGUGCUGGGCAUGGAGCCGCUCGAGGGCGUCCGGUUGACUCUGGUGACCCGCGACGUGGAGACGCCCUACAGCGGCAUGCUCCCGGGCCACGUCGCCGGGUUUUACGACCGCGACGAGUGCCACAUCGACCUCAACGCGCUCGCGCGCUUCGCGCGGUGCCGGUUGAUCGACGGCGAGGUCACGCGCGUCGACGUGGACGCCAAGGAGCUCGUCCUCAAGGACGCGGCGCGGCCGCGCAUCCCCUACGACGUGCUCUCCAUCAACGUCGGCAUCGCGCCCAAGGGCGCGUCGUCGUCGUCGUCGGCGCUGCUCACGCCCGUCAAGCCCAUCGCGACGUUCUCCGAGAAGUGGGACGGCCUGCUCGAGAAGAUGGCGGGCUGGACCCUCGACAGGGCGCCCUACGACCUCGUCGUCGUCGGCGGCGGCGCCGGCGGCGUCGAGCUGGCCCUGGCCAUGGUCGCGCGCGUGCGCCGGGAGCUCGAGGCGCUCGGCAAGGACCCGGAUACCUUCGCGCGCUUCGCGCUCGUCGCGCGGAGCGCGGAGCUGCUCCGGAGCCACGCGCCGGGCGUGCGGGCGCUCAUGGCCCGGGCGCUGGACCGGGCCGGCGUGCACGUCCUCUACGGCCACGAGGCCCUCGAGGCCGUCCCGGCGGCGGCCGGCGGCAAGGCCGGGCUCGCGUGCCGCUUGAAAAACGGCGCCGCGACGACCGUGCCCUUCGACGAGUGCGUCUGGUGCACGCAGGCCGCGGCGGCGCCCUGGCUCGGGGCGUCGGGCUUCGGCGUCGACGCGGACGGGUUUUUGAGGGUCGACGAGUACCAGCGGUGCGGCCUCGCGGGCGACGUCGCGGGGACGCGCGCGUCGACGCGCGUCUACGCCGCGGGCGACUGCGCGUCCGUCGACGGCCACCCGCGGCCCAAGGCCGGCGUCUUCGCCGUCAUGGCGGGCAUGGCGCUCUACGCGAACCUCGUCGCGGACGUCUGCGGGUCGCCGACGCUCGCGCACGUGCCCCAGACGUCGUUCCUCGGCUUGCUGGGCACGGGCGACGGCGCCGCCGUCGCGUCGCGGGGCGGCCUCGCCAUCGAGGCGCCCUGGCUCUGGGACCUCAAGGACUGGAUCGACCGCAAGUGGAUGUGGCAGUACACGAAGGGGCUGCCCGACCUCUCGGAGCGGGACGGCGACUUCCCGCCCUUCGCGGCGGCGACGAAGGCCGGCGGCGACGCGCUCGCCGUGCUCAAGGCGGCGCCCAUGCGCUGCGGCGGCUGCGGCGCCAAGGUCGGCGCGUCCGCGCUCACGCGCGCGCUGGCGAACCUGCCGAAGUCGCUGACCUUCGACAACGGCACGCCGCCGCCCUGCGACCGGACCCAGGUCGUCCAUACCGUCGACUUCUUCCGGUCGUUCGUGUCGGACCCCUACGUCUUUGGGCAGAUCGCCGCGAACCACGCGCUCUCGGACUGCGACGCCAUGGGCGCGCUGCCCGCGUCGGCGCUGGCGCUCGUCGUCGUGCCCUACGGGUCGAACCGGUGCGUCGAGGACACGCUCUUCCAGCUCAUGUCCGGCGCGCGCGUCGCGCUGGACGCCGCGGGCUGCACUUUGGUCGGCGGCCACACGUGCGAGGGCGCGGAGCUCGGGCUGGGCUUCGCCGUCAACGGCGUGCCGGACGGCGGCGCGGCCUUCCUGUCCAAGGAGGGCAUGGUCGCGGGCGACGCGCUGAUCCUCACGAAGCCGCUCGGCACGGGCGCGGUCUUCGCGGGCGACAUGCGCGCGCUGUCGCGGGCCGCCGAGGUCCGCGAGUGCCUCGCGUCCAUGACCCAGAGCAACCGCGCGGCGGCGACGGAGCUCAAGGAGCACGGCUGCACGUCCUGCACGGACGUCACGGGCUUCGGGCUCCUCGGGCAUCUGGCGGAGAUGUGCCGCGCGUCGGGCGGCGCGCGCGUGGAGCUCUCGCUGGCGGCGACGCCCGUCUUCGCCGGCGCGAAGCGCCUGGCGCGGGACGGCGUCUUCUCGAGCCUCCAGGACGAGAACCUCCGCGCGAAGCGCGCCGUCGAGAACCACGGCGAGGCCGUCGAGCUCGACGCGGCGGCCUACGCGCUCCUCUUCGACCCCCAGACCGCGGGGGGGCUGCUGGCGACGGUGCCCGCGGACCGCGCCGACGCGGCCCUCGCGGCGAUCCGCCGCGUCGGCUGCGCGCGCGCCGCGGUCAUCGGCACCGUGGCCGCCGUCGACGCGGCCCACUUCCCCGCGAAGGUCGCCGUCGUGUGA